AAUUGGAAAGAUAAUUGUGAAAGACUGGUUUGCCGAUGAGUUAAUGCCAUACGUCCACCGUCGUUCAGUUGCACCUGUUGCGUUACCAAGAAUGAACUUAUUAUUUGAACCUAGCUCGUAAUGGCAUCAGGAGCGGCAGUGUCACAAGAGAGUCCAUCCCAGCCUUCUGAUGAUGACUCAGCUAUUUACAAUUUCUUAGCAGCCCAUGCUGCGAGGACGCGCCUUAGGUGGACUGACGCCCUCCAUGAUCGGUUUGUGGCGGCCGUUGCAGAAUGUGGUGGUCCUGAUCGUGCAACGCCGAAAUCAGUGCUUCUUGCAAUGGGAUGUCCUGGCAUCACGAUUUAUCAUGUCAAAAGUCAUCUUCAGAAGUUCAGGUUACAGUCGGAGGCCUCUACCGCAGACUCAAUGCGGAGGCGACCACGUGAGUGUUUCCGCCUGGAUCCAGUGGUACAAGCACAGAUGGAGAGACAUGCGGAGGUGCAGAAGCUUCUGCGUCAAGAGCUUGAGUCUCAACGAGAGCUCCAGGUUCGAAUCGAGCAUCAGCACCUUCAGCUGCAGAGAAUGUUAGAGGAACAGUUAGCACGGCCCCGGCGUGAGUUGGGGGUUGUCAUUGAGCCAGAGGCAGUUGCAGCCAAGUCACAGCUGGAGGAAGCUAACACGGCAAUUGUACCGCAAGAGAUUUUCUACUCACCUGAUGAAGAUCCCUACAUGGGAAUUUCACUGGAAGACUCACUCCCAAGUUCAGAUGAGUCGCACAUCGGUGAGGCCGCCUCCAACCUUUUCAUCCACAGCCUGGAUAUCGAAGACGAGAUUUCACCCUCACUCUUGGAAACAACCCCCUCGGGAUCCUUAAACUGUCUUGUCUGAUAUGGGAAGAGUGAUCGCAGUUUCACUUUGAACUUUUUGUAUUAUCAGAUGACUCUGACCACUGUUUUUGGCUGCUGUCUUCUGGUUUCCUCCAAAAGAAUUGAGAUUGGUAGGUCUUUCUCAAAUUCGCAAUGAGAAUUUCGGUAAGGAUCAAUGUUGUGCAGCUUGAGAAACAGUUCAUCGCUUUACAUUUGGUGCAGUGAAUGUUAAGUCAAGGCGUAAUAGGCAAACUAAACAAAUAAGGAGAAAUUCAUUAAUUUGUGCUUGUGCUUCUAUCCAUUAAAUCUUCAAAAUGGUAUAAUUUUCUUUUUUGCGAGACCUUGAAAAGACAAUGACUUCCAGAGUAGGACUUCGCAGUGGGUGUUGAUCGACUAGAACUACAAAACACUUAAAAUUUUGGAAGAAAAGGAGUAAACAAAAAUCAGGGGUAACAACAGGCCAGAAGGGUAUCCACUGCUGGACAGUGUAGAAGGCGAACUGGAAAGAAUAGGAAGGUGUGAAGAGGAUAC